AAGGCGGGACCAAAUGGCGGAAACUCACUCGCCGAAAAGCUCAAUUUCCAAGCUUGGAAAUUAUUUGAAACUACGAAAACGUCCAGUUCUUCUACACGUCAUGCAGUUUACCAACAGGUAAACGAAACUCACUACUUGAAUGUUAUACUUUGCUGCUAAAUUAGCCGCAGCAUCACGACAACCCGCAAACUUUGGCGAGCUCCACGCUGGAACACGUUGUAAUGAGAUGGAGUGACAACAAAAACAAAACAGACAAUGUGGCAUCCGUUCAGGGUGGACUAAAGUAGCAAGAUGAAAAAGUGGAACUGGAAAGAUGGCCAACGAGACCGGAGAGAACAGCAAGGUUACACUCGGCACCGUGGACGUGGACGGUACCGGGCAAGACAGUGGAGACCAUCACGGGUCGACAGAAAUGGUGAUGCAGGGCCUUCUUCCAUAAGAUCUGACAACCAAGCCAGCUCUUCUUCCUCAAACAGCAGCGCAGCGCCAGGUCAGUACCAGAGCUGCCAGGUUUCUACUUUGACCCGGAGAAGAACCGAUACUUCCGCUUGUUGCCGGGUCACAACAACUGCAACCCUCUUACCCGAGAGCAGCUGAAGGAUAAGGAACGUGAGAAAGAGAGGGCUCGGAUGCUUGCGGAGGAUGGCAAGGCCACAAAAAAAGCACCGAGGGCAGGGCUCAAUGCUUCCUUGAUUCUACAGAAUCGACACCUUGGGCUGUUAUCUGAGAUGUCCUACUGCAGACGGGUUCACGAGUGUAGGAUCAGCACCAUGAGACGUUGCAAGCUGGACUACCAGAGCACAGACGACAUUAGGACCAUCGUGGCCGACUCCAAGUGUGAGCAAGUGUUCACCGUCAGCGACAUGUCCCACGGGGGCUGCAAGUACGGCUACAUGAGCUUCAGCAAAAGCAGCAACAGUGGGUCUCUGUCUGUGGAAACGUGUGACAACCCUUCCAUCACCGACUGCAAGGUGAAUUCCAUCUGCUGGGCCUCGGUCAGCUAUCCGGACUCUCAUGUGUUACUGUGCCUGGUGGGUGUUGUGGACAGGCCCAGCUACGUCACUUUGCUUCCCGCCUCGCUGUUCAGCAACACUGACUCAAAUCAGCCAGGGAUGCAUUGCAAUUUUAAGAUCCCCACUGCCUGGUGCUGUGCUUGGUGUCUACAUCCGCAGUUUGACAAGUGGUUUAGUGUAGGUUUAUCUCAUCAGGUGGUCCUGCAACAAGCCAUCACGGGCAAAAAACAAACUAUCAGCGUCAACAGCGACGUUUUGGCUCAGCAGUUUUGUGUUAGAGUCCCCUUGCUGUUCAAUGGCUGCCGAUCGGGAGAGAUUUUCGGCCUCGACGCACGCAAGCACAGAGGCAGCAAGGCGAUGAGCUUUAGGCAAGAAUCGUCCAUCACGUCGGUGCGCAUCCUGCGGGAUGAAAACUACCUGCUUGCUGCAGACAUGUCAGGCCAGAUCAAGCUCUGGGACAUCCGGGCCAGGAAGCCAAUACAGCAAUACCGGGGCCACUACAACGAGCAUGCCCACCUCCCCAUUCAUGUCAGUGAGCCUGAGGGCCUUCUUUUGGCUGUGGGUCAGGACUGCUACACGAGGUGCUGGAGCCUGCGUGAUGGCCACCUUCUGAGGACCAUCCCGUCGCCCCACCCGGCCGCCAACGACGCCAUCCCCAGCGUGGUCUUCUCCUCUGGCCUCGGUGGCCGCACGGGGGUCCCGGGCCUGCUUAUGGCUGUCAAAAAAGACCUCUACCACUUCCCCUACAACACAGAUGAGACCGAGUCACAGGAUGUCUGAUUGAAUGUCGAAGAAUUUCAAAUAUGUUUGUUUUUCUGUUUGCAGUGGUGUUGAAUUCCACUGCAAUAAACUGAGAGUUAUUUCUUAUAUUUUCAGUAGUUCUAGAGCUAGAGAGAAGAAGAAGUUCUAGAGCUCCAUCUUUGUAUUUUAUAACAGGAAGAAUGAUGGAAACUUUUACACAAGUAUGCUUGAGUAAGCAAAUCAAAAACGACAAAACAUAAGGUGACAUGUUUGGUGUUUAAUUCAUGAGCAUGGUGCAUUUGUUGUAGCGUUGCUUUAACUUUGUAUCAUGUUCAUUUUUGAAAAUUUACAUACAGUACUUCGUUGCAGUUUUGUGUUUAAAAAAACCCGCUUUGUCUGACGUUCUUAAAUUGUUCUAAAAAAAAAAAAAAAAACGCACAUUAAAUUAAACCCCAGCAAACUCAGGAAAUGACAUUCUCGCAUUCUAUUGUAUCCUUGGCAGAUGUACGGAGGACAUGUCCCUGGCAA